CCAGAGUCAUCUGAAGCUCUUCUUCCCAGCUUAAUGUUCUCCAUUACUUCAGCUUGUUUGUGAACCUGUUUCUCUAGAUGUCGCUCGACUUUAUUGUCCUUAGAUAAAAGGUUCUUCACAGUCUGAUGACCCCUUCCAGGGGCUGAGCUGCAGAGUGAUGAAGACGGGCUCUCAAAUCCGCCUGUUACUGUGGAAGAACUGGACUCUUCGCAAAAGACAAAAGGUCCGCUUCCUUGUGGAGAUCUUCUGGCCUGUGUUGUUAUUCAUUGGUCUGGUGUGGCUGAGGAAGGCCAAUCCACUAUAUCAACAGCAUGAGUGUCACUUCCCCAACAAGGCCAUGCCCUCAACAGGGAUUCUCCCCUGGAUCCAGGGCAUAUUCUGCAAUGCCAACAACCCCUGCUUCCGACACCAGACCCCGGGAGAGUCCCCGGGCGUGGUCUCCAACUAUAACAGCUCCGUACUGGCACGCUUUUACGUGGACGCCCAGGAGCUUCUGCUCAACGAGGCAGACGUCCGGCAGUUUGGCCAGCUUUGGAAUGAGAUGACAUCUUUCUCAAACUUCAUGGAAACCUUGCGUAGUAACCCUUCUGCAGUCUCAGGCCGCGGGAUGAGGAUAGGAGAUACUCUGAAGGAUGACGAGGUUCUCACAGCUUUCCUAUUAAGAGACGUCGGCCUUUCGGAGUCUGUGGUUUAUCAGCUUGUCAAUGCCCAAAUACGUCUGGAGCAGUUUGCGUUCGGCAUCCCAGACCUGCAGCUGAAGGACAUAGCGUGCAGCCAGGCCCUGCUGGACCGCUUCAUCAUCUUCCCCAGUAGGAUCGGGCUCCAUGGGGUCCGCAAUGCCAUGUGUGCUCUCAGCCAGCAGAGACUGCAGAGGAUAGAAGACGUCCUUUAUGCCAACCUGGACUUCUUCAAGAUCUUCAAAUUGAUGCCUCAGGUUCUGGACAGCAGAUCUCAGGGGAUUGACCUGCAUUUCUGGGGUCUGGUUCUCAAGGCAACGUCAGAGAAGAUCCAAGUGCUGAUUGAGCGGGAGAGUUCCCAAGAGCUCCUGAAGGCGGUUUCCUCUCUGUUUCAAGCUGGGGGUCCAUCCACUUUCAGCCAGCUGAUGUCCAGUGUUUCCAGCCUCUUCUGUGGAUAUCCCGAGGGAGGGGGGUCCAGGGUGUUGUCCUUCAACUGGUAUGAAGACAACAACUAUAAGGUGUUCCUCGGCGUGAACGGCAGCAAGAGCCGCAACUACGUCUACGAUGACACCACUACUCCGUUCUGCAACGCCCUGAUGCAGACCCUGGAGUCCAACCCCAUCACUAAAAUUGUGUGGAAUUCGGUCAAGCCCCUGCUGAUGGGAAAGAUCCUGUACACUCCCGACUCCCCUGCUGUCCGCAAGAUAUUAAAGAGCGCCAACACAACCUUUGAAGAGCUCGAGAGGCUCCAGAACAUGGCCAAGGCCUGGGAGGAGGUGGGACCUCAGCUCUGGGCGUUUUUCCAAAACAGCGUCCAGAUGAACAUGAUCAGGGACACUCUGAGGAACCCGACGGUGAUGAGCUUCAUGGACAGCAGUCUGGGGGACACAGACCUGACCACUAAGGAUAUUCUCAACUUCUUGCACAAUGGACCAGAGGAAGAGAGGGAGGCGGGAAUGCCGAACUUGGACUGGAGAACCAUUUUUAACAUCACCGACCAGAUCAUACGCAUGUUUAACCAAUAUGGGGAGUGCAUUACUCUGGAUAAGUUUGUAGCCUAUACAGAUGAGUCCCAGAUGAUCUAUCAUGCAUUGCACCUGCUAGAGGAAAACAAGUUUUGGGCAGGAGUGGUUUUCGUGGACAUGCACCCCUGGACCGUGAGCGUUCCGCCUCACGUCAAGUACAAGAUCCGCAUGGACAUCGAUGCGGUGGAGCGGACCAACAAGAUCAAAGACAGGUACUGGGAUCCUGGUCCCAGGGCAGACCCCUUGGAGGACCAGAGGUACAUCUGGGGUGGAUUUGCUUACCUACAAGAUAUGAUUGAACAUGGGAUAAUCAAGCUCCACACGGGGAACGACUGGCCAUUGGGAGUUUACGUCCAGCAGAUGCCAUAUCCCUGUUACGUUGACGACCUCUUUAUGAUCACGCUGAACCGCUGUUUCCCGAUGUUCAUGGUGCUGGCCUGGAUCUACUCCGUGUCCAUGACCGUUAAGAGCAUCGUGCUGGAAAAGGAGCUCCGCCUCAAAGAAACCCUCAAAGCAAUGGGGGUGGACAACGGAGUCAUCUGGUACACGUGGUUCAUUGACAGCUUCAUAAUGAUGACUGCCAGCACAGCCCUGCUGACCACCAUCGUCAUGGGCGGGAAGGUGCUGAAUUACAGCGACCCGGUCCUCGUCUUUUUCUUCCUGCUCACUUUCACCGUGGCCACCAUCAUGCAGUGUUUCCUGAUGAGUGUGUUCUUCAACAAGGCCAACUUGGCAGCGGCCUGCAGCGGAAUCAUCUACUUCACCCUCUAUCUGCCCCACAUCCUAUGUUUUGCCUGGCAGGACCGCAUCACCAAGAACAUGAAAAUGGCUGCGAGCCUGCUGUCUCCAGUGGCCUUUGGCUUCGGGACGGAGUACCUGUCGCGGUACGAGGAGCAGGGUUUGGGGCUGCAGUGGAACAACAUCCAGACCAGCCCCCUGGAGAAGGAUUCUUACUCCUUCCUCACCGCCAUCUUCAUGAUGGUGUUCGAUGCUGUCCUCUACGCUUUCCUGGCUUGGUAUCUGGAUAAUGUGUUCCCAGGACAGUAUGGCGUUGGUCGCCCUUUCUACUUCCCAUUCCAGUCCUCGUACUGGCAAAGAAGCACACCUUCACACACGGAAAUGGAUCGGCAAGAUCUUCAGAAACCUGAACCAGAGAACCAAGAGGAUGUUGAGAGCGUAGACACACCAGAGACUCCCACUUGUAAUGGCUCGGCGAGCAAGAAGACCUGUAAACACCAGAGGAGGAGAGAACAACUGGAGAGAGAACGAGAGCAGCUCAGGAGGCAGGAGGAGAGCCCAAACCUGGAGGAGGAGCAUGAGGACUGUGAGAAAGAGGGCCAGCUGUUCUUUGAGCCCGACCCUGUGGAUCUGGUCCUGGGGGUGCAGAUUGAAGACCUGGUGAAGGUGUUUGAUGGAAGCUCUCGCCCAGCUGUCAACCACCUCAACAUCAAUUUCUAUGAGGGACAGAUCACAUCUUUCUUGGGGCACAACGGGGCAGGAAAAACCACAACAAUGUCCAUCCUAACAGGCCUCUAUCCUCCGACGUCCGGCACAGCGUACAUCAACGGGAGAGACAUUCGAACGGACAUGGACAUCAUCCGCACUUCUAUGGGGAUGUGCCCUCAGUUCAACAUCCUCUUCAACCACCUCACGGUGGAGGAGCACAUCCUGUUCUACUCACUGCUCAAGGGUCGCACUCAAGGGGAAGCAGAAAAGGAGGUGGAGGACAUGUUAGUAGACCUCGGACUGCCUAACAAAAGGGACGACGAGGCUCAGAACCUUUCAGGUGGCAUGCAGAGGAAGCUGUCAGUCGCCAUGGCAUUUGUUGGUGGGUCGAAGGUUGUCAUUUUGGAUGAACCAACCUCUGGAGUGGACCCUUAUUCCAGGAGAUCCAUUUGGGAGCUUCUUCUUAAACACAGAGCUGGCCGCACCGUGGUCCUCUCCACUCAUCACAUGGACGAAGCCGACCUGCUGAGCGACCGCAUCGCCAUCAUCUCCAAGGGACAGCUCUACUGCUCAGGGUCCCCCCUUUUCCUGAAAAACUGUUUCGGGGUCGGUUUCUAUCUGACAUUGGUGCGUCGCAUGAAGGAUUUAAAGAAGCGGGAGAACGAAUGUGACUGCGCCUCAGACUGCUCCUGUUCCUGCUCCAUCUGCACCAGAUACAAAGAUCAGUCUCAGACUCAGUGCCCACAGUUAGACAGAGUUCUAGAUGGGGAUGUGGAGAACAUCACAGGCCUCAUCCACCACCAUGUCCCUGAUGCUAAGCUGAUUGAGACCAUUGGACAGGAGCUGACCUAUCUGCUCCCCAACAAAGGGUUCAAGCAUCGAGCCUACGCCAGUCUGUUUCGGGAGCUGGAGGAAACACUUCAUGAUCUGGGCCUGAGCAGCUUUGGCAUCUCUGAUACGUCACUAGAGGAGAUAUUCAUCAAGGUCACCGCAGACGGAGAGGCAGCGUAUAACGCCAACACAGCUGAGCAGUGGAUGUUACAGGGAAGAAAAAAUGCCUGCGAAGUCGGUGUAGAAGGAGAUGAAGACCAGAAUGGCAUGAACGGCACCCAUGCGUCAGACAGCAGCGCGGGGAAGGGCUCGCGGCAGGUGAAAGGCACCUCCCUCAUCCUCAAGCAGUUCCAUGCCCUGCUGGUGAAGAGAUUCCACCACGCCACAAGAAGCCAGAAGGACUUCCUGGCUCAGAUUAUCCUUCCUGCCAGUUUUGUAUUGAUAUCUCUGAUCUUCACCAUGAUCGUCCCUCCAUUUGGAGAGCAUCCCAGUCUGACUCUCACCCCCUGGAUGUAUGGACAACAGUUCACCUUCAUCAGCAACGAGCGGCCGUUUGACUCAAAAAUGAAACACUUCACCGACCAGUUUUUAAAGCCACCAGGUGUGGGCACACGAUGCAUGCUGGGAGAACCGCUUGAGAUGCCCUGCAAUUACAGUACAGCUGAGUGGGAGCAACCCUACAUCUCCCCCGUGGUGGCGAACAUCCUGCAGAGUCCAGAGUGGGACCACCUGAACCCAUCACCUUCCUGCCAGUGCAGCACCAAUAAGAAACUCACUAUGAUGCCCAUCUGUCCGGACGGGGCAGGAGGCCUCCCCCCCCGCCAGCGUCUGGAGGCCACAGGAGACACCAUGCUGGAUCUGACAGACAGGAACAUUUCCGACUUCUUGGUCAAAACCUAUCCCAGUCUCAUCAGAACCAGUUUGAAGAGCAAAUACUGGGUGAAUGAACAAAGAUAUGGAGGCCUCUCCGUAGGAGGACAACUUCCCAUCCUGGACGUGAAUCCAAAAGAUAUCCAGGAUUUUUUUCAGCAACUUGGACGAAUACUCAACAUAACUGGAGGCCACUACAGCACAAUGGCUCUCAGGGACAUCGGUACAUUUCUGAGAUACAUGGAGAGUGAAUUUAAUGUAAAGGUAUGGUACAAUAACAAAGGCUGGCACGCAAUGGUCGCCUUCAUGAGUGUGGCCAAUAACGCUAUUCUGAGAGCCUUCCUCCCUCCAUCUGCCAACCCGGUGGAGUUUGGUAUCACUGCCAUCAACCAUCCAUUAAACCUCACCAAAGAGCAGCUUUCAGAGGUCACUGUGCUGACCACUUCUGUGGACGCUGUGGUGGCAAUCUGUGUCAUUUUCGCCAUGUCCUUCAUCCCUGCCAGCUUUGUCCUGUACCUCAUUCAGGAGCGAGUGACCAAAGCCAAACACCUGCAGUUUGUCAGUGGGGUCAGUCCUCUAGUUUACUGGGUGGCCAACUUCUUCUGGGACAUGAUUAACUACUCCCUCAGCACUGCCAUGGUGGUCGGCAUUUUCAUGGCGUUUGACAAAAAGUGCUACACAUCGCAGGCCAACCUGCCAGCACUGAUAGCACUGCUUCUCCUGUAUGGGUGGUCAGUGACGCCGAUGAUGUACCCCAUGUCUUACUUAUUCAACAUCCCAAGCACUGCGUACGUGUCCCUGUCCUGCAUCAACCUGUUUAUCGGCAUCAACAGCAGCGCCAUCACCUUCAUUCUGGAGCUUUUCGAAAACAAUCGAUCUUUGCUAAUGUUCAACGAGUGGCUGAAGAAAUGCCUGCUGGUGUUCCCUCACUUCUGCCUGGGGCGAGGACUGAUAGACAUGGCCAUGAAUCAGGCUGUGACUGAUGUCUACGCCCGGUUCGGUGAGGAGUACACUAUGGACCCUUUCCGAUGGGACUUUGUGGGAAAGAACAUUGCUUUUAUGACUGUGGAAGGCUUUGUGUACUUUAUACUCAAUCUUCUGAUCCAGUACCGCUUCUUCUUGGACCACUGGUUAUCAGAUAAGAAGCAGACUCCAAUACAAGACGAUGAUGAUGAUGUAGCAGAAGAGAGGCAGAGGAUUUAUGAUGGAGGGAACAAGACAGACAUCCUACAGAUCAGGGAUCUCUCCAAGACGUAUGUGGGCAGAAAGAGGGCAGCUGUGGACCGGAUUUGUGUGGGAGUCCCUGCAGGAGAGUGCUUUGGUCUUCUGGGAGUUAAUGGGGCUGGAAAGACAACAACCUUCAAAAUGCUGACGGGCGACACCGAUGUUAGCUCUGGAGAGGCUAUUGUGGCUGGUUACAGCAUUCUCUCUGAGAUUCUUGAUGUGCACCAGAACAUGGGCUACUGCCCCCAGUUUGACGCCAUUGAUGAGCUUCUCACCGGCAGGGAGCAUCUCUACCUCUAUGCUCGUCUCAGAGGGGUACCUGAGUCAGAAAUCCCCCGGGUGGCAGAGUGGGGCAUUCAGAAGCUGGGCCUGACCGAAUACGCAGCCUACUGCGCAGGAACUUACAGCGGAGGCAACAAGCGCAAACUGUCCACCGCCAUCGCCAUGAUUGGCUGCCCAGCGCUGGUGCUGCUGGAUGAGCCCACGACAGGAAUGGACCCUCACUCACGGCGCUUCUUGUGGAACGCCAUCAUGAGCGUCAUUCAGGACGGCAGGGCCGUGGUCCUGACAUCACACAGAUUCGGCGAUGGCUACGUGGUGACCAUGAAAAUCAAGGCAGAAAAAGCUGGUUCGUCCCCAGAGCUGGCACCUGUGGAGAGCUUUAUGGAGAGCUCCUUCCCCGGCUGCGUUCAGCGGGAAAAGCACUACAACACGCUGCAGUACGAGAUUGCUUCAUCCUCCCUGGCCAGAAUAUUUCAGCUGGUGGUGGCCAAUAAAGACAGGCUCAGCAUCGAAGACUACACCGUUUCCCAGACAACACUGGAUCAGGUGUUCGUCAACUUUGCCAAGCAACAGACAGCGGACGAUGAGGACGUCAUCCUCUGCCGAGCGGCAAGAAAGGACAUCAAAAUCUCGCCAGUAAAACGGAAAACAUGAAGCCACCUGCAAAUAUUCACACACAAAUGUUGAAGUGCUACCCUGUUGCACUCUCCGAACUGCAACAGCCUCCUCUGAAAUGCUAUAAGCAAUGCUGCUUUUGAGCUAGCGAAGACAGUCACCUGUCACAGUUACUGUUAAAAAGGAUCAUUUUUACAGCCAUAACCAAACUUGACAAGCCUCUGGGUAGAGUUUGGGAUUAUUUUCACAUGACAUAACAGAAACGCAAUCAUGCCUGAGUCAUUCCUUUGACUUUUAAUAUGAAAAAAAAAAGUCUCUGACCUGCAGAGACUGAUGUAAACACAAGAAAAUAUUUCUGCUUAGACUGACUGGGUUAUAUGAAUAUGUAAAUAAUGUAUGAGUAAGGAAUACUUAAGCACUCUAGACGCUGUAAAUUAUUUAUUUAUUUAUUUGUUUGUUUUUUCAUCCAUGUCAACACAAACAACUCUAUUUUAUCUGUUGUGUUUGAAUGAAACGUCAUUUAAUAACGGUUAUCA